AUGGAUUACUCAAAGGCGCAAAUGUCAGUCUUAUCUGACGAGGGCAGUUCAGCUGGGUGUCCUCAGUCCAGUCCUGCUGGGGUGAAGCUGGAGGCGGUGAUGGAGCAGCUGCAGAGACAACAAGAAGCCAAACUGGAGAUGAACCUGCAAGAGAAACAUCUUCUUCAAGCUCAGCUCCUGUUUGCUCAGCAUGCUGCUGCAGCCAGAGCCUCUGGCUCCAGACUGAACCCUGCAUUAUUUGGUAAAGCGGAUGGACAGACAUAUCAAGAUGCUCAACAAGCUUUGAGCACCCGUCUCAGCAGAAUGGAUCCGGGUGAAGAAGAUGAAGACACGGAUGAGGAGGAACAGGAGAUGGUGGAGAACAAUGAGAUGGAGGAAGAUGAUGAUGAUGAGGAGGAGGAGGAGGAGGAGGAGAAUGGGCCUCAUCAGCAGGUGAAGAAGCCUAGACUCCAGCAGCUUCCUGGCUUCCCCUUCCCUCCUUAUUCCACAUCUCAAUCAACUGCUGUGGAGCAAAUGUCUGAAUCUCCAGCUCCAGCAAUAAAACAGGAGCAUGAAGAUAAGGACCUGCUGUCUCCUGCAGGACAACACGCCUUCACAUCACCCAAUGGCUUCACUGACUGGGGCUAUGACGAGCCCUUUAAACAAAGAGGAAGUGCCAUCUGGGCUGAGGAGACUGACGGAGGAAAAUUAAGAGGAGAACCAUCCAGAGAUUUUGCCAAGCUUUAUGAGCUGGAUAAUGAACCACAGCGGAAGGAAUUUCUUGAUGAACUCUUUGUCUUUAUGCAGAAACGAGGAACUCCUGUGAACCGCAUCCCCAUCAUGGCGAAGCAGGUGCUGGACCUGUACAGACUUUAUAAGCUCGUGACAGAGAAGGGAGGCCUGGUGGAAGUUAUUAACAAGAAGAUCUGGAGGGAAAUCACCAAAGGUCUCAACCUCCCCACGUCGAUCACCAGUGCCGCUUUCACCCUCCGCACCCAGUAUAUGAAGUACCUGUACCCAUUCGAGUGUGAGAAGAAGGGCCUGAGUUCUCCUGGUGAGCUGCAGGCUGCCAUCGACAGCAACCGCAGAGAAGGUCGACGACCCAGCUACACCAACAGCCUGUACCGCUUCCCCCCCUCCCCGAGCUCCGCCCCACACGCCCUCCUCUCUUCUCCCACGAUGCAAACCACCCCGAUCACACACAAUGGCCUGAAUACAUCCAUACAUAGUCCAAAUCUAAAGAGAAACACAGAUGAGACCCCCACCCCUGCAGUACCCAGCCGGCUGCCCAUGGCUCUGGCACUGGGGCAGCAGCAGCUGGCACAAGCUGCCACAUUAGAGCAUCUCAGAGAGAGGCUGGAGCGAGGAGUGGGAGGAGCUCCAGCCAACACUCCAGAGAAGAAAAUGAUGCAGCUGGCGGAGGAGCAGCAGCGCCUCAUGCAGCAGGCCCUCCAACAAAACCUCUUGGCCAUGGCCUCUCACUUCAACCCAGUGAACCUCAAGCUCAACAAUGCACGUGAGAGCAAACAGGAUUUGUCUCUGAGUAUCUCCACUAACGGAGCAGCCAGUAUCAGUGUAUCUGUGGAGGUCAACGGUACUAUUUAUUCAGGAACACUGUUUGCCCAGAAGUCAGCUGCUCCUGUGGCUUCACAGGCUGUAACUCUGGCAGGAACGAGUGGUUUCAGUGCCCUCUCCUCCUCACACAGUCCCUCCUCUUCCUCUUCCACCUCCUCAAAGGGACCAAAUUAAGGCUCACUGGCUUUUAAAUCUGUUCUGAGCAAAAUGAUUACACAAUAUUCCUCUCUUGUCAGACAAGAACUAUAUAAACUGUAGGGAAAAUCAGCUGCAACACAUGAAGCCAUUCUGUUUUUUCCAUUACUUUGAGAGCGUAAUAUGCUUUACAUGAUUCUUGUCAAAAGGACAUUGUUAUUUUACCUCAAAGGCUUACAAACUGACUAUAAUGUAGAUUCAGAUCACAGUUUACCUUAGUGCCUGUCAGACACUUUUGUUAAAUGUAGCCCCAUUAAUGUGUAAAAGGCUUUAUAGUAUGUUCAGAAGUGUCUUUAGAGCAGAAAAGUGCACAGUGAGAACCAAUGCCAAGUUUUUUGGGUAUCAGCUACAUUUAUAGUUAAUUAUCAAACAGGUCUGUAGCUGCCUUUUUCCAUAGUCGUCAGUAAAACAUUGCGGUUGCUAGAGUGCAGCUAAUGAAGACCAAAAAGCCAUAGCUUAGUGUCAUAGCUUUGUCUGUAACGGUUUUUGCUGAAGCCACUUUUUUUUUUUUAAUCCCUGCUGGUAAAAAUUUGGUUCAAUUUGAGUGAAACAUUAGUUUAUACUUUUCCUAGCAGCUUUCAGGGAUUAUGUACAUAAUCAGUUUCCAGAAGUUGUGUCUCCUAAAGAAUCAAAUGGAAUUUAAAAGAAUUUUGUUGUAGGUUUGUUGGAUUUUUUAAUUUUUAAUUUUUAUGUUUUAUACUGUUUUAUUUUUUUUCUUCUUAAAAUGUUUUAUUUAAUCAUUUGGCGGAGCCUGUAAAGUGCAAAACAUUUGUUUCUUGUCAGUUUUGAAUCAAAGGCAAAAUUUUAGACAUAAGGUUUCUGAGGGGGACAAUAUUUAAGAGAGAAGUGAUACAACAUUUACCUCAUUUGAAUUCCCAUAUUGGUAACUUCCUUGGGAAUUUCUUCUGGACUCAGGAAUGUCCUCUGGACUCAUCACUGUUCGACUCUAUCUGUUGUAUUUGUAUAAACGCAGAGAAUGUAUCGUUAAUGACCUCAGGCUUUUGACAAGUGAACACUGAAACAGUGCUACCUCACUCUUCUAGAGAAAUAUGCAAUACUUAAUGCAGCAUGUGUUGAUUUAGCCAUCUGCUGAAAUAUACUGUAUGUGGACAAUCAAGUAGACAUAUCAUUGCAAACAAAUGUCACUAUGAACUUGACAUCUGUAAAAAAUCCAGAUUGAUGUUAAACUCUGUUUUGGUCUUUGAUUAACAUAUUUCUUGGACAUGUGGCCAUGAUAAAUAAAGCAAU